AUGAAGCGGCCCCUUGAAAAAGCAUCUGCGCCAAGUCCAAAGAAAGCUAAAGUGUCCCCGGACAAGAAACAGAAGACCAAAGAUGUCCAACCGCCGCCGCAGCGUACUUCACUCUUAACUGAAGAAGUAGACUUUCCGAGAGGUGGGGGGACAACCCUUACCCCCUUAGAAGUCAAGGCUCUCCGCGCGGAAGCGGUCAAGGAAGCCAAUGAAGAACUGCUGAAAGAUGGCAAGGUGUCCGGCUCACAGACCAAACCAAGGAAGAGGAAGUCCGAGCUAAAGGCUAAGCACAAGUCGGAGGAAGGCAACGGCGGGACAAUCCGACCUGAACAUCUGAAUUACAAGCGUAUCACUCCUGGUAUGAAACUAUACGGCCAGAUUUUCUCCGUCCAGCCGUUAGCUCUCGUCGUCUCCCUUCCAAACCAACUAUGGGCUCAUGUCCCCAUUACCCAAAUAUCUUCCCAGCUAACUUCGCGCCUCGAAAAGCUGGACGAGGAUGAAGAAAUGCCUGAAGCUAGUGAUGAGGAUGAGGACUCGCCGACUAGCGGCGGCCGGGUCCCUGACCUGUACGAGUUAUUUCGUGCAGGUCAGUACGUGCGCGGGAUCGUGACUGCAGUCCAUCCUUCGGGAUCUACAGACUCGACACUUAUGGGUCGAGCCAAGGAUGAAGCGCAGAAGGCUAGCCGGAGGAUUGAGAUGAGCUUGCUUCCGCAGAAAGUGAACGAAGGUCUGGCAAAGGCCGAUAUGAAGACCGGAUUGACAAUCUCGGCCGCCGUCGCUAGUCUUGAAGAUCACGGCUACAUCUUGGAAUUGGGUGUACCGAAUGUUACCGGGUUCCUUUCUUAUAGAGAGGCUGAGAAGGGACCCUUCCCAAAAGAUGCGAGACUCCACGUUGGCCAGAUACUCGAUGUUGCCGUGUCCGCGAUGUCUGGCAAUGGUCGUACAUGCACUGUGUCGGUUGACCCCAAAAGUCUCGCUAAUGCCUCAAUAUCGGAAAUCAGCAAUGUGUCCUCGGUUAUUCCCGGAAUGCUCGUGCACUCGUUGGUUACUGCCGUUCUUCCUGGUGGAUUGAAUCUGCAAGUAUUGGGUUCUUUCGAAGCGACUGUGGACGAAUAUCAUGUUCGUGCGGAGGUUGUUGAGCAAGGGUACAGGAUCGGGCAAAAGGUGAAAGGCCGCAUUCUGUACGAUGUCCCAGGAACUGCUCCCCCACGCUUUGCGCUCUCCCUUCUGGAUCAUAUCGUGAAACGCGAUGUGAAGCGUGCAGAACGAGAAGACACAACUCAGCAAGCUCUUAGCCUGCCAGAGGCAUAUCCUGUUGGCCAAAUCUUAGAUAAUGUGGAAGUUGUGAGAGUCGAAUCCGAGCGGGGACUCAUUGUUGCAGUCCAGCCGGGACUGACAGGAUUCAUUCAUAUCUCACAAACCUCGGACGAGCACGUUCCAACACUCUCUGCCAACUCAGGGCCAUGGAAAGUGGGGACUCUGCACCGGGCUCGAGUUACGGGAUAUCUGCCUUUCGACGGACUCUUGCAGUUGUCUAUGCGUCCGUCGAUAUUAGAUCAGAAAUUCCUUCAAGUGAGCGACGUGGAGGUCGGGUCGAUCAUCAAGGGCACUAUCAAGAAGCUCACGGAUUCGGCAAUGUUCGUGUCGAUCUCGGGCAGUGUGGAUGGGGUGAUUUGGCCAAAUCAUUAUGCUGACAUCGCCCUCAAGCACCCGCAGAAAAGAUUUAAACCAGGUAGUUCAAUACGAUGUCGGGUCCUAGUGGUUGACCCCGAACGACAAAGGGUCGUCCUUACAGCAAAGAAGACCUUGAUCGAGUCCACGCUGCCAGUUGUGGCGAGGCUGAAUGACGCCAAACCGGGCGUCGUCACACAUGCUGUGGUUUUCAAGGUGUCGGAGAAGAACUUGAAUGUCGAGUUCUAUAACGGCUUAAAGGCGAUAAUCCCCUCCAGGGAGAUAAGCGAGACUGCUUCUGGUCGCCUCGCAGAAGCUUUCCCAAUCGGGAAACCUGUAACAGUGCGAAUCAUCUCAGUCAACCCCGAGGCACACCGUAUAGUAGCAAGUAUUCGACAGGCAGCACCGAAUUACAAGUCUGCAAUCGUGGACAUCAGCGGUGUUGAAAUUGGUAAUAUUGUCCACGGCACCGUAGCUGAAAUCCACAAGGAUAAUGUUGUGGUCACACUGCAGCCAACGCAGGUCCGAGCCCUUUUGUCACUCGGUAAUCUUGCUAACCGUCGCGGUCUGACGGUCGCCCAACUCCGAGUAUCUCUUCAACCCGGUGACGAACUGGACGAUCUCGUUGUAGUCUCGCGCAAUGCAGAGAAGGGUUUCGUGGUAGUUGCUAGCAGACCAAAGGGGAAGGACGCCCUAGUGACAAAAGGUGCAAUAUCCUUGGAGACCCUGGAAGUAGGCCAGGUCGUUGGCGGUCGUGUCCUCCGACAUGGCCCUAAGGGCGCGUAUAUCAAGCUAACUAACCAAAUCCAUGGUAGUUUGCAUCCCACCGAUGCUUGCGAUGACUACGAGUUCGGAACACCAUUUCCCUCUCCUGACUCCGUUCUGAAAGCGGCUGUCCUCGCUAUUGACAAGGAGAAGAAACAUCUUACGCUAUCAACUCGUCAGUCUAGACUGAACCCAGAUUCACAUCCUCCCAUCGUGGAUCCCGAGAUCCAAGACCACGCUCAAAUCAAAGUUGGCGACACCCUGCGGGGCUUUAUCAAGAGUGUCACUGAACAUGGGCUGUUCGUUACUAUUGGUCGCGGAAUAGAUGCGCGUGUACAAAUCAAGGAAUUAUUUGACGAAUAUAUCAAAGACUGGAAACCCCGAUUUGUGGCAAAUCAACUGGUCAAAGGUAGAAUUCUGAGCGUCAACAUCGAGAAGAAGCAAGUGGAGAUGUCGUUCCGGUCUGGCACCAUGAGUAAAGUUUCACCAUCCAUCUCUUUCGCCGACCUACACGAAGGUCAGAAGGUAGAUGGUCGCGUGAAGAAGGUCGAAGAUUAUGGCCUGUUCAUCGGGAUCGAGGGAUCGAAGCUCACUGGACUCUGCCAUAAGUCAGAGCUUUCAGAUAACAAAGAUGCAGACGUCACAUUAGCUCUGCGAAGCUUCCGAGAGGGUGAUCGUGUGAAGGCCGUUAUACUGUCUCUUGAUUCUGAGAAGCACAGAAUAUCACUGGGCCUCAAACCAUCGUAUUUCAAGGACGAGGAAUUUGUUGUGCCAGACGAGGACGACCAACUGUCAACUGCCUCGACAGAGUUUCAGGCAACAUUAGGUGUUGUGGAGGAUGAACCUAUCUUGCACGACAUUCAGGGUAAUGGUGGUUACUCCGAACGCGAAGAGGAAAUGUCCGCCGACCAAGAAUCAGAAGAAGAAAUGGUGAUGGAUGUCGACGACAGAUCGCAUACAGGGGGUGAUAUCAUCCCUGACCAAGGUGACGAUAAUGGCAUCGACGCCGAACAGUCCCUCCCUCCCCUCAAGCUACAAGGAUUCAAAUGGGGGGAUGACCGCGAAUCAUUGGAUAGUGAUGCAGAGUCUGCUAGCUCUUCUGACGACAGUGACGGCGAGGAGCAGGGCAAGAAAAAGAGGAAGCGUCGAAGGAAAAAGGUCGAGCAGGACUUGACUGCGGACCUACAGACGAAGACGCCCGAGUCAAGCGCAGACUUCGAACGUCUCCUCCUGGGAUCGCCUAAUUCAUCCUACAUCUGGAUACAGUAUAUGUCGUUCCAGUUGCGGCUCGCCGAGAUAGAGAAAGCUAGGGACAUCGGUCGGCGCGCGCUAAGAACGAUCAAUUUCAGGGAGGAGGCUGAAAAGCUGAACAUCUGGAUGGCUUUGCUCAAUCUCGAGAACGUGUACGGCACAGACGAAAGUUUGGAGAACACUUUUAAAGAGGCUGCGAGGAGUAGUGAUUCGAAGACGGUGCAUCUCCGUCUCGCUGCAAUCUUUGACGAGUCCGGGAAACAUGACCGGGCCGAGGAGCAGUUUAAGCGGACUACAAAGAAGUUCGGUCAUAGCUCGAAAGUGUGGACGCUUUUUUGUGAGCAUUACCUGAGGCAUGGCAGGCUGGAAGAGGCCCGAAGUCUGCUCCCGCGCAGCCUCCAAAGUCUAGAGAAGCGGAAGCACCUUAAAACCAUCUCAAAAUUCGCUCAGCUCGAAUAUAAGUUAGGAGAUCCGGAAAGAGGGCGAACCAUUUUUGAGGGCAUAAUCGAUUCGCAUCCUAAACGCCAUGAUCUGUGGCUGGUGUAUAUAGAUAUGGAAGCUGUCCAAGGAGAGAUCCAGAAUAUCAGAAACUUGUUUGGCCGUAUAUUCACUCAGAAAAUGACAAGUCGCAAGGCGAAGACCCUGUUUAAGAAAUGGCUCGAACUGGAACGAAGGAUCGGCGAUGAAGACGGGCAGGCGACUGUGAAGCAGAAGGCCAUCGAGUGGACGCAAAGAGCUAGUGGGAGUGACUGA